UACACUCCCCUGUCAAUUUGGGGUACAACUCACCACUCCCACACCACGCAGACCUUACUGUUCGUUACUUACUACUACUUCUUUACCAUUUCCACUCAAUAGCUGAAUAAAUAGGUAGCAAAUUCCUCAGUCUUUGAUUUAAUAAAUCAAACCCAUCGAGACAGAAAGAAGAAGAAGAAGAAGAAGAAGAAGAAGAUGGGAACAUUGGGAAAAGCAAUCUACACCGUGGGAUUCUGGAUCCGCGAGACCGGCCAAGCCCUUGAUCGCCUCGGCUGUCGCUUCCAAGGCAAAUACUACUUCCAAGAACAACUGUCUAGGCAUAGGACACUCAUGAACAUAUUUGACAAAGCUCCUGUGGUUGAUAAGGAUGCAUUUGUGGCCCCAAGUGCAUCUAUCAUUGGCGAUGUUCAGGUGGGACGAGGUUCUUCCAUUUGGUAUGGAUGUGUUUUGAGAGGUGAUGUUAACAGCAUCAGUGUUGGCUCUGGAACAAAUAUACAAGACAACUCCCUUGUUCACGUAGCAAAAUCUAAUUUGAGUGGGAAGGUUUUACCAACUAUCAUUGGUGACAAUGUUACCGUGGGUCACAGUGCUGUCUUACAUGGAUGUACUGUUGAGGAUGAGGCAUUUGUUGGUAUGGGUGCAACCUUACUUGAUGGGGCUUAUGUUGAGAAACAUGCAAUGGUUGCUGCUGGAGCCCUUGUUAGGCAGAACACAAGGAUCCCUUGUGGAGAGGUGUGGGCAGGUAAUCCAGCAAAGUUCCUCAGGAAACUCACAGAAGAAGAGAUGUCCUUUAUCUCCCAGUCAGCCUUAAAUUAUUCCAACUUGGCACAGGUUCAUGCAGCUGAAAAUGCAAAGAGCUUUGAUGAGAUUGAAUUGGAGAAGUUACUACGCAAGAAGUUUGCUCGCCGUGAUGAGGAUUAUGACUCAAUGCUGGGUGUUGUACGUGAAACACCUCCAGAGCUUAUCCUUCCUGAUAAUAUCCUGCACGAUAAAGUACCAAAGGCCACUUAAAAGUGUGACUUGCCUGAGGAAGCUAGCUCCUCGUGAGAUUUGUUGUCAGUGGAUUUUAUUUUUUUUGGUUACAUGCCGAUUUUAAUAUCCAAUAAUUUUUUGGGGGUUGGGCAAAGUGUUAAGGUCAGAUCUUUGUUUACAUUACUGAUAUAUGGCUCUGCUCAUCCUCUCAGGCUGAUCAGAAACUUCAUUUUCUAUUUUUUGAGAACGGCUACAAUGGAACUUGUAUCUGGAUGCCUAUGCCAUCCGUGAAGCUCCCACUGAUCAGUAGUUGUAAAAUUCAAUUGCUUUGCAUAUGUUAUGUUGGAAUAAAGAACAUGGAAUCAGGUA